AUGGACCUAAUCCCCUUUGCAGAAUUCUCCCACAACAUGCGGAAAUACUCCACUAUAGGGAAAUCCCUAUUUGAAGUUCUAUAUGGAUUCAAUCCUCUGUAUUCAGUAAACUCAGCUCUAGAGACCAAGGUGCCCAUAGUAGCUGAGCAUUUACAACUGAUUCACAUUAUAUAA